GGUUGUUUAACCUUUCUCCAUAUUGUCAAAAUAAGGUCAUCGUUAUUGCCAACUAUUGUGAAUGAACAAAAACUAGCAAUGCCUUUAGUUAGUUAGUAUAUAACUAACAUAUAUAUUAAGGUGCUGGUCAAAUAAAACUCGCCUAUAAUAAAUAUGAGUAAAAAUAUAUGUUUUGUAACUUUUGCUACAAUUUAGUAGAAUUAGAUUUUAUGUAUUUUACUUAUUAUAUAUUUACUGAGACUUGGAAACCCUGGAAGGUUGGAUAGCGCCAAAAGUUUAGUUAACGCGCCUUUAGUCGUGUUGUUUCAUAUUUUUUUUAAGCAGUUCGUUAUUAAAGCAAAGAACGGUUUCGCCCAAUUUGAAACAGAUAUAUCAAUUACCACAAGCCAAUAUAUUAAAAAUGAGCGGUGACUCCAAUAUAUUUAACCAGAGUGCUUCUGAAAUAAAUCAGGACGAGCAACAAUAUUUGGACCUUAUUAAAAGAAUUAUUACUAAUGGUGUGGAUCGAUCGGAUCGAACUGGUGUUGGGACGAAAUCAGUUUUUGGUGCUCAAAUGCGCUUCGAUCUCCGAAAUAGUUUUCCAUUAUUAACUACAAAGCGAGUAUUCUGGCGUGCGGUCGCUGAAGAAUUGCUGUGGUUUGUUCAUGGUCAAACAGACGCUAAAAUACUUCAAGAAAAAAAUAUUCACAUAUGGGAUGGAAACAGUAAUCGUGAGUUCUUAGACAAAUGUGGGUUUUCCGACAGAGAAGAAGGUGAUCUAGGCCCAGUUUAUGGUUUUCAGUGGCGUCAUUUUGGGGCCAAGUACAGAAAUUGCAAGGACACUUACAAAGAUGAGGGUAUAGAUCAACUUCAGCAAGUAAUUGACACAGUCAGAAACAAUCCAAAUGAUCGACGUAUUAUAAUGUCUGCUUGGAAUCCUGUCGAUAUUCCUCAAAUGGCUCUACCACCUUGUCAUUGCCUUGCACAAUUUUUUGUUGCCAAUGGAGAGUUAUCUUGUCAAUUAUACCAACGCAGUGCUGACAUGGGAUUGGGUGUACCAUUUAAUAUUGCCUCGUACGCUUUACUUACCUACAUGAUUGCUCAUAUUACUGAUCUCCGGCCAGGGGAUUUCGUCCACACUUUGGGUGAUGCACAUGUCUAUAAUAAUCAUAUUGAAGCGCUAACAGAACAGUUAACACGAAAACCUAGGGCGUUUCCUAAAUUACUUAUUAAGCGUGAGUUAAAAUGCAUUGAAGAUUUCACUUUUAAGGAUUUUGAAGUUAUCAACUACAAUCCGUAUCCGAAAAUUUCAAUGGAAAUGGCUGUUUAAUACAUAACUAUAUUCAUACAUAUAAAAGUGUAUAUAAAAUUA